AUGAGGUUCAAACUACUGGCCUUCAUCCCACUCUUUUUCCGUGGAUUUGCAGAGUUUCGAAAUGUUCACAUGCUCUCUCACAUCUUCGAGGCACUCAGAUUCACAAGCACAAGUUCUCCAUCAGGUAAUCCAAGCAUCGGCUUCCUUCUCGCACAUCCUGACGACGAGUCCAUGUUCUUCCUCCCAACGCUUGGAGCCCUGAAAAGUAUACCGAAGCCUGGGGAGGAAUCCACCUUUAGUUUGUACUUCUUAUACCUUUCUAACGGAAAUGCUGAAGGCAAAGGAGAGGCCAGAGAGCUUGAAUUAGCUAAUCUAUGCGAGCAUUAUGGGUACACAUGCAAAGUGGUAAAUGAUCCUCUGCUCCAGGACGGAGACUCGAAAUGGGACCCUGAACACGCAUUACCACAUUUAAAAAAAUUUGUUAAUGAUCAUAGCCUAAGGGUGUUGUUCACUUUUGAUGGUCGAGGCGUUUCAGGCCACCCUAACCACAUUUCAGCCUAUGAAACCGCAAAGCUCGCUAGUAAGGAGAUGGAUUUCUUGAAGGUUUUUUACCUCCAGUCGAUCAAUAUGGUUACAAAGUAUUUGAGCUUUUUUUCACUCUAUAUGAUGUUUUACAAGGCGUAA